UUGAAUAAUUGCUGUUUCAGUGAAGCUCCAAGGCUGCUCCAUCCUGGCUAACAUGAACCAGGGUCAGAACAACAAAGGUGAAUCUCAGCGCUUUGUACAGGAAGCGGUUCUGGCCAUGGGCAACAUCAUUCGGCAGGACAUCCUGACCCAGGCCAUCGACUCCCCAUGGUACACCAUCAUGGUGGAUGAGACAACAGAUAUAUCUGUUAUCAGUGAGAUGACAGUAUAUAUAAGGUUCCUGAAAGAUGGCAGGAGCCAGACAAGAUUCCUGUCAAUACUGCCACUUAACGACUGCAAGGCAGAGACCAUCACUACAAGUCUCACAACACACCUUAGAGAGCUUGAGGCAGUAGACUUCGGGAAAAUGGUGGAUGCCUGGCACCAGGAGAAGCCUCGCAGAACAGUGUUUUGAACAUGUAAUAUGUGACUGUAUUGUUGUUGUUUUUCAAUCAUGUUUUGCUUGCUAAUGUCUACUGUUAU